AGUGACGGAUGUCCGAAGUUCAGAAGUUUUUCAGUGUGCGUUUCAUUGGGACACAAGGAUGGGGACAGCUUAAACACAACAAGUUGCACUGCGGUUAAGACUUUUCCCUCUUUUGCUUUUUUUUUAAAAGUGAGGAACGAAGUCUUGUGAUUUGAGCGCCACUAUCUCCAAAGGAGUUAGAAGAGGAGCACUCAUUCUGCGUUUUUUGGAGCUUUAUUUUUGCCGGAUCAAAGUGAAGACAUGCAGGCUCGCUACUCCGUCUCCAGUCCCAACUCACUGGGCGUCGUGCCGUACAUCAGCAGCGACCCGAGCUACUAUCGGGCCGCAGCCACUGGGGGAUACACGGGGAUGCCAGCACCUAUGAACAUGUACUCUCACGCGGCUCAUGACCAGUACCCUGCCAGCAUGGCCCGGGCGUAUGGACCCUACACACCCCAGCCUCAGCCCAAGGAUAUGGUCAAACCCCCUUACAGUUACAUUGCGCUCAUCACUAUGGCUAUCCAAAACUCGCCUGACAAAAAGGUGACCCUGAAUGGGAUUUACCAGUUUAUCAUGGAAAGGUUUCCAUUUUACCGAGACAACAAGCAGGGCUGGCAGAACAGUAUCAGACACAAUCUGUCUCUGAAUGAGUGUUUUGUUAAAGUGCCCCGUGAUGAUAAAAAGCCCGGUAAAGGCAGCUACUGGACCUUGGACCCAGACUCUUACAACAUGUUUGAGAACGGGAGCUUCUUGAGAAGGAGACGGCGUUUCAAAAAGAAGGACGCACUAAAAGAGAAAGAAGAGCGGCUGCAGAAGGAGAUACCGCCGAGGCAACAGGGCCGGGAGCAGGAGCAGCCGGUGCAGGGCUCCCAGCCUGUGAGGAUCCAGGAUAUAAAAACCGAGAACGGGGCGGUCACGCCACCUCAGGCCGAGUCACCUUCCUUGAGCUCUGUUCGCAAAAUCGAGAGUCCAGACAGUAGCAGCAUGUCCAGCGGGAGCCCCCACAGCAUCCCCUCCAAUAGGUCCAUUGGUAUGGACAGUACCGAGCACCACCAACAUCACGGCCAGGCCUCGACGCAGGGCUUCAGCGUAGACAAUAUCAUGACCUCCCUCCGGGGAUCUCCACAAGGGGCCACUGAGCUCAACUCCAGCCUCACCGCCUCCACCAGGACAGGUAUAACACCGUCUUUGUCCUUAAACUAUUCUCCAAGUCAGACAUCUGUCUAUAGUUCACCCUGUAACCAAAACUCCAUCUCCACUACCUCCAAUGCAACUUAUCAUUGUAACAUGCAAGCCAUGAGCCUUUACGCUGGGGACAGAUCUAGCCAUUUGGCACCGAGCACCACCGUGGACGAAACGUUGCCAGAUUACUCAGUCACAACCACCUCAUCCUCCCUGACCCACGGUAAUCUAAACUCUGGGCAGGAAAGCCACCAUCCCCACCAAGGAAGGCUGACCUCAUGGUACCUCAACCAGGCCGGGGACCUGGGCCAUCUGGGUGCAGCUUACCCAGCACAACAGCAGAACUUCCAUGCGGUCAGAGAGAUGUUUGAAUCCCAAAGAAUUGGCUUGAAUAAUUCACCUGUGAAUGGGAAUAGCAGCUGUCAGAUGUCAUUCCCACCAAGCCAGUCCAUCUAUCGCACAUCGGGAGCAUUCGUGUACGACUGCAGCAAGUUCUGACCAACAAAACAAAAACAGCCCAAAAACAGGGUCAGUAUUUCCCCCUCAAGGUGUUUGAACUCGUUCAGUUAAAUUUGGCGUUGUUACCCUUCCUUGCCUCCCUCACUCCCACAUGGACUAAUAUGAAACAGAAAAGAAAACAAAAAAAGACUUGAUCUUUCUAAAGAACAGUGUUACUGCAAAUAACACGUAAGUCUCCCUUUGCUUUUGUGGCUUUAUGUGAUGUGUUAAAUAUAUGUCACUUUUCAUGGACGUGUAAAAUGCAUAUAGUAAUUUAUUUCUAAACUGUAGCCGGAUAUUAUGGACCAAACACCAAAAAAGUGUUUCUAAAUUGAACUGCCUUAAGUGUCCUAAACAAUUGUUCCAUUAUAAAAGUAAGAAAAGGAACGUGUAUAUCGCCGUACUAUUUCAAAGAAUCUUCAUUUGUUGAAAAAAAUAUUCUGAAGGAUUUGUUUGUUUGUUUAAUAAA